AUGGCCGGGCCGAACCACUCGUCGAAUGGGUCGGAACCUCCUCCUCCUGCACCUCCUCUACCUCCUCCUUCUAGAUCAGGCGUGUUCCAGCGGUUCAUCGGGCCAUUAGCCUUCAGCCGAGCGCCGCAGAGACUGCAAGGAACACCAACAGCUCUUUCAAGCAGUGCAAGCCCAAGAGACGACUCCCAUGGUGAACCACAUGCCAGAAGAUACUCUGCCAAGGAUGCAGUGUACCGAACAGGGCUACCUAUUGCUGCAGUCGACAUCAACGAACUUGGAAGUCAUGCAAUUGUGGCAGGAAGAGACAUCCUUCGGACCGUCAAAGUCCAGGAUCGCAACAUCUUCGAGGAGCUCAAUCUUCGCAAUGCAGUCACAGCGUACGUCUCGACCCAGUCAUUGAAGGCAGAUGAAGCGCAUAAGAGGCGCGAAUUUCUUCCGGCCAAAGACGUCCGAUGGUCUCACAAGCAGUACUCCCACGUCGUGGCCACAGCGGCGCAGAAUGGCAGAAUCGCCCUAUACGACGUUUCGCGAAUCAGCUCUCGAGUCGAGCUUCAUCACCUCUACCAGCACACGAGCCAGGUCAAUAAGAUAGAUUUUGAUCCUCAUGCAGGCUACAUGCUCUUGUCUGGCAGUCAAGACCGAUAUUGCCGAAUCUGGGACAUCCGUGAGCCUAGGAAGCCCAAAGGUUAUGCCCAAUUCCAUAUUCGAGCUCCUGUACGUGACGUCCGCUGGUGCCCAACAGAUGCCUAUCAAUUCGCUCUAUGCACAGAAGAUGGCACUGUUCAGAAUUGGGACAUUCGUCAUGCUCAGCAGGCACUCAUGAGCAUUCGAGCCCACGAAAAGGCUUGCUAUACCCUCGCCUGGCACCCAGACGGCAGGCACAUCGUUAGUGGUAGCCACGAUAAGUCGCUGAAGAUCUGGGACUUCAAACUUGACAACCGAAGGCAGAAACCAGUCUUUCAUCUGCGUUGUCCCGCUGGUAUAAUGAAUGUUGCUUGGAGGCCUCCUUGUUGGUCUGAUGAGUUUGCUGAACGUGGCGCCUGGCAAUCGACGCAAAUUGCAACGUCUUACACUGAUGAUGACCCCAGGCUGCAUAUAUGGGACCUUCGACGAUCCUUGAUUCCCUUCCGCGAAAUCGUUCGUGAAGACAAGCGCCCUACGGACAUGCUUUGGUCGUCCAAGGACUUGCUAUGGACUGUCGACGGUGCUGGAAUCUUCGCACAGAACGACGUAACGAAUGCGCAGCAACCCGAGAACUCCUUGCCCCCUGGAGCUAUUGACUGGGACGUAGAUGGCAGCUAUUAUGCUGUGACUGAAGAUAGGACUGAGAUGCGUAGCUCUUCUACCCCUGAUCCCGCUGCACUGUUUCUGAAUAUUCCGUUAGAAAGGCUGAGUGGUACAGAGGAGGGAACAGUGGCAAGUCGCAGCCUGACCGACGAUGAGGGCACCGACACGUCUUUUGCGGAGUAUUCUAGUCGUCGAGUUAGCAGGGCGGCCUCCACCAGAUCAGCGAGGUCUCAAGCAAAUACUCCUCCUGUGCAUGACGAUCAUCCAAAGAUUCUACCACUUGAUCGAGCAGUACUAGCAAAGCAAGACAUGUUUGUGAAUGGACAAAUCGGUUCAAUGACUCGAUUACCUGGAAUAUACCUACCCACCGAGCUUGUCGAAAAAGUGGCCAACUUCUACACUCGUCCUAUGACAGCUAAACAACGAGCCACCGAGCCAGGCAUGAUUCUUCCUAGAUUACAGAAAGCCUUCGAAAGCAAUGCCAAUGUAUGUUCUCUACUAGGAAUGCACGAUGAAGCAAACAAUUGGGCUACCAUGGAAGCCGUGAUCAUACCGGAGUUGAAGAAUUGGGCAGACAACAACCGCAAGCAUAGACUAGCCAAAGGCGCCGAACAGAAAGCCAAAGAAGAGGAAGCACGAAGAGACGGCGCCUUGAAGAACACAUUGUCCCCUUUUUCGAGACGCAAUCACAAAGACAAGGACGAGAAGUCGCCAAGCGGAAGAUCAGACAAGGUUUUUAGCAAUCUGUUUCGCGGCGUGACAGACAUCCAAAGAGGAGGCAGCGAUUCUGGCAGUCAUGCUGGCUCUAACAUGACAACUCCACGUCAGUUACCAACACUGACCACCCCCGUGUCAACAGCAAAGCAAGCCGACAGCACAUGGUUCACUUUGGACAACGCAAUCGAGCCAAUUCAACCUCUUCCUCCCUCUUUGACCUCACCGAGCAACAACCACUCGACGACUACGAAAGUUAACCCUCAUGCCACACCUCUGAUAACAAGGAAGCAAGAGGACCGUAGAGCGGCUUUGCGAGACUACCGAGCAACUUCACGACAGCCAUUAUCUUUUGACCAACCUAUAGCUAGCCCUAGAACGUUCCUCAAGGAGAGGCACGAUUCGGCAGAGAGCUUCUCAAUGUUCUCCGCAAGUACUGAAAACUCUGUCAAAGGCAAGGCUGUUGGUCAGCUCGCGAAGCAGGAUGCCACACCGGACGAAUCACCAAGAGUCGGACAAGAUUCAUACCAAUGGGUACAAAAGGACAGCUACUAUGAUUCAGUCGGACGAUCCGAAAGAAGUUGGAGCGACGAGAAGUCCAGUGGUCAAGUAGCCGACUUUGAAAUGGACGAAAGCCCAUCUUACAACUUUGGCCUUGAUGGCAGCACAGAGUCAAAACCAGUUCCUUCUAGACCUGUUGAGCAGAAGUUCCGAGAAACCCUUGCUCGAAGCCCAAAGAGCAAGGGUGGAGUGAUGGAAGAGGAAGCUUCGUUUGAGCCAGUUCAGGAACCAGAGAUUAACGCCUCAUCGACCAGAGCAGAACUACCUGGCGACAUUGCUGCUCCUCGGUGGCCCUACAUCAACCGAGUCAUCCACCACCUCAAUCCGUUUCUGAAGGUCGACGAAGAGGACGCUGACAGACUCAGGUUGAUUGCUGACGAUGAUGUAAGUCUGAAGUCAGGUUACCAAGCCUCAGACUUCAGACCAAUUGACAUCACGACCUACGUGCCAUUGACACCAUGGGCACUCAGUGCCUACCCGACAAUGUGCACAAUUAUUGAACUAGAUGCGAAACUCGGUCGAGCCUGUUCUCAAUUCUCCGCUCAUCUGCUCAGUCACGUCCAUCCUUUCUUCUUCCAUCAGUCCUUUCGCACUUCCCCAACAGCCAUGGAUCUUGCUAGCAUGCCUACACAAAUGUCCGAAAAGCUUCAACAUCCUGCCUUUGCACAUAGAUUCAUUGAGGGCAUUUUCACAUCGCAUAUCUCACAUCUAAGAAACCUGCAACUCUUCAUAUCGGCGGCAGAGGUGCGCAAGUUGUGCGUCGAAGAGUUCGAGUAUUCUAUGCUUGCUGGUCCUGAGGCUGGUGUCAGACAGUCACAAUCUGCAGGCGAGCACCUUCAGGUUGACCAUAGGAAACUCAAGUCUACAUGCUCGCACUGCAAGCAAUUGAUGCCAACAAAGGCCACAACUGUGGCUGCGAUUGUGGACCUGGUCUCCUGCGAGAUCAGCGCAUUGCUCGACAAAUUCGAGAAAGAGAAGAACGAGAAGCCAUCAAGAGCUCUACUUCUUCACCAAAUCUACGCAAAGACUCCCUACGAGCCUCCAUUGGCCCAGCCGUAG